ACGGGGCAACUUACUUAUUUUUCACAUGCACACUCCAUUUUGACCAACAGGAGAGUUGCAUUACUGUAUACACUUGCGACAUCACAUCAUAAUCUUGAUUUUUCAUUGCUUCUAUUUUCACCAAAGAAUGGCACAUAGCAUCUAAUAGCAGCAUCAUUUAUCAGUACGAUAUCGUGGAAUCUGCCGAAAGAGGCCAAAAUACGUAUUAGGUAUAAGUGGACACUGAUUUGUUAGAGUGGUAGAAAGAUACGUGUUAAUUGGUUAUCUGAUUGUUAUUGGAAAUCGAUCGAGGUGAAAACAUUCGCCAUUAAUGUUUUGAAUUGAGUUAAUAACUAGUAGGGAAAAAUUUAAUUGUAUUGAGAAUCGGACAUCCAGGGACAGAAGAAGAAAAAAUUGUGUUGGUGUUUUGUUAUGAUUUGAAUUAAAUUCUAAAAAUGGCAGACGCAGACAUCAUAGUUUCUUGUCCCUACAAUCCAGCGCAUCGUAUUCGCAAAUAUAAACUUAUGAAUCAUAUAUCGAAAUGCAAGAAACAUAAUAAAAAGGAAAAUAUGGUAGAGUGUCCAUUGGACAAAACUCACAUUGUAGACCAGAACUUUCUCAGGGAACACAUUGAAAUGUGUUCUAGUAUUGGAAGAGUGGCAGAUAUGGAUAUUGGAAAUGUUGAAGUAAGAGAUCCAGAUCCUCCUGUAGCUGGUGGUAGUGUGUACUUAAAUGAAAAUUGGGAAGAGGACCCAGAAGUUCCGCGUUACGAUCCGAUGGAAGUUUCGGCAAAAAAACCUGUGAUUCGAUGUGUGUCUGGAUUGUCAAAAGCAGAGAAAAAGAAAUUUAGAGACAACGAACGAAUGCGUAUAGCAAAUCUCAAAGGGUUUCAUUCUAUGAGUGCAGUCUUAGAGUCUGUGAACGUAACUCAUGAGGCACCAUUACGUCCAUUACGUCCUCCUCGUUACUACGCUAUUGAAUCAUCAAAAGAUACUGCAGCGUCACAAGCUACUGCAGCGUCACAAGCUACUGCAGCGACACAAGCUACUGCAGCGUCCACAGGCAUUUUACAAAAAGAUUUUGAUGAAAUGAAAAUACAUGAAGAUGAAAAACACGAUUGCGAUGAUGAUCAUAAUGCAAGUGCUCGUGUUAACUUUAUUCCUAACUUUCAUAAUAGUUCAUUCCACAGAAUGUUAUAUGAUGAAUUAGCUCCUAAAGAUGACGAGAUUAAGCAAUUAGAACAGUCUCUACGUAACACUGACUCGGCAAUUUCCUUAAAAGAUUAUUUCCAACAAGUUACCAGAGAAAAUGGAAAUUCUUUAUUGAAAGAUGAAUCAAGUGCUAAGGAACAAUCUAUGACUGUGAAGACUGAUCAAAUUACUAAAAAUUUUGAUGAAAAAGGACCAGUACUGGACGAGAUAUUCAAUCAAUUCACUGAACGAUUAGCUUAUUUAAACGAUAUUCAGAGUACUGCUGCCGUGGAGAGCGCACGAGCACGUAGAUAUGAUACACGUACCACAAUUUUCUCGCCAGAAGGAAGACUGUACCAAGUCGAAUAUGCUAUGGAGGCUAUAAGCCAUGCCGGUACUUGCCUAGGUAUAUUAGCAAAUGACGGUAUUCUACUGGCAGCUGAGAAACGUAACACCAAUAAGUUGCUGGACGAGGUAUUCUUCUCCGAAAAAAUCUACAAGUUGAACGACGAUAUAGUUUGUUCAGUGGCUGGUAUAACUUCGGACGCGAAUGUCUUGACGAAUGAGUUACGCCUUAUCGCGCAGAGAUAUCUUCUUCAGUAUGGCGAAGCUAUACCUUGCGAGCAGCUUGUCUCGUGGUUAUGUGAUGUUAAACAGGCAUAUACUCAAUAUGGUGGAAAGAGACCCUUUGGUGUAUCUAUCUUAUACAUGGGAUGGGACAAAUACUAUGGCUAUCAGUUGUAUCAGUCAGAUCCUAGCGGAAACUAUGGUGGCUGGAAAGCAACAUGUAUUGGGAAUAAUUCAGCAGCAGCUGUGUCGUCUUUAAAACAGGAAUAUAAAGAGGGCGAGACAACUCUGAAAGACGCAAUGGCACUUGCUAUCAAAGUGCUCUCUAAAACGUUAGACAUGAAUAAACUCACAGCUGAAAAGGUGGAAAUGGCAAUACUGACACGUGAAGAUGGUAAAACAAAAACGAAAAUAUUGCCAGCGAAUGAAGUGAAUGCUUUAAUCGCGGAACAUGAUCGAUUAGAAGCACUGGCGGAGCAGGCGAAGAAAGAAAAGCAGAAAUCGUAGAAAUUUAUAUUAAAUAAGAAGAAGAUUAAUUUACUGUGGUAACGAAGUUUACUGUAUCAGGAAAAAAUUGAUAUACAUGCAACUCAAGUGUUUAUAUAUGUACUAUAAAUUAUUUCCUUGUCGCAGGAGUGAAUCCUCACAAUGACAACAUUAUCAUCUUCAUUACAAAACAGUGGUUAUAAUAGGAUUAAAAGUUUUUCCAUAAAUAUG